AUGAGCCAGGUGGCAGCUGCCAAGUUUGGCACCCCCAAGCCUACCCUCUCAUGCAUGCCUUCUGUUCUUCAGGACAGGCUUGCCAGGACGGGCCAAUUGGGCCCUUUCACGUACGCACAUGAGCACGGGUGCCCCUUUGAUCCGGACAAGGCAAUCGAGUGCGCUGUAUCUGGCUGCUGGCUCCAGCUGCACGGCGGGAAGGACACAUACUAUGACCCCCAGGAGGGGCAGUUCUCAAAAGAUACGGAGUACUUUUUUGGCGGCGAUAACCGUGGCAGCCGUGCCUGCAAGCUGCUCUUCCUGCAAGCGCAUGCCGGAGAGUGGAUCCAAGAUUGCUGGGAAGCGGUCUGCGAGACGCCCACUGGGCAGGCUGCGCUGCGGAUCAUGGCGGCAUAG